AUGGCAUCGCUUCUCAAAUUAGCAACAAAAUUAGCUAUUGUUGGUGGUGCGACAGUGCUUGUUGUUAAUCAUGAAGUUUUCGGUGCCAACAAAUAUACUCAACAAAUCAUCAGUAAAGUCCGCACAUCAUUACCCGAUACAGCUGAAGCAUUCGAUCAAAUGCCAACGAAACAAGAAUUGAACAACAGUCUUGUCGAAAGUUGGAAUUCAGGUGUACAAAAUUCGUUUAAAUGGCUCGCUGAUGCUCCCCAACACGCAUGCCGUUUAUACUCCUUAGCCUUAGAUAAAAUCAAAGGCUAA